UACCGGCCCCCUUCCGGUAUCUCUGCGGUAUGUGGAUGGUCAUCUGGGUAUCAGCCCGGAUAGUCCGUGCCUUGUCGUCGCCCGCUAUGUGCAUGCUGAACCGCCGUCCUGUCGAAUUGAUACCCAUUCUGAUCGCCCAACAGCAAACAUGGUAGUCAGCCAUUGUCCCUCGGUGGAAAUUGAACGGAGCCACCCGACUGCUGGUCGAUCUCCGUUUGCCAGCGAUGGCUAUGCUGCUGGUCAUGCUCCCCAUCGGUCCGGCAACCAUCCGGUCGGCAUGAUCGUACCAAUGUCCCGCCAACACCUCGUCCCGAUUGGCGCGCCGGGCUCUGCUGUUCAUCUGCUCGCAAACCCAAACACAUCUGCGGCCCUGCCGACCACGAGCGGCCGAAGAUGACCAAAAGGACUCGGGAUGCACUGCCGCCGCCUUGCCCUGGCGCCGACCCCCUCUCACCACCGAGCUCGGGCGAUCGACAACGGCUGACCCGCUCGAAGCGUCUGCGACUCAAACAAGAGUCUGGAGACCAUGCCGCCGACAACAUCCGCGCCGACGAUGCAGGCAAUCUCUCGGCGGGUCAGGCCAAUCCUAUCAAUGUCUCCAUGACCCAACCUGGCUCUCGCACGCUCAAGGAUGCUGGAUCGACCAUGCUCGCUGAUGGCAUCGUGCCGCCACAGCAUCGGGAUUCUCCGCCCCCCAGCCGCUCGGAAACAGCUGUGCGGGAAGAAAGGUCUCUCGAUUCCCUGCAAGACAAAACCGCCGGCGUCGAAGACGGCCCGCUUGGCAGCCCAACACCCUUGCCUCGCUCUUCAGAUUCGGCUAGUCCGGAUCCGUUCCAGGAUCCUGGAGGGUCAGAUCCAUUCGAGGAUCCCUCGAGCUCCAGUAUCUAUGGCAGUCCUGUCAGCUCGGCGGCAGGCUCGCCAGGCUCGAAUCCAAUAGACGACCCCGCCUUCAGCACCGAUUUAUUGGGUCUAGAUGUAUCGUUCGAGGCCCUCGACACCCUAAAUCCAGAUCCGUUCGGACGGCCAAGGUCGGCCGAGUUCGAGCGGGCCAUUGCAAGGCCGGACGAUUUGCUGUUCCAGGUCGUCGAGGAAAUCAUAUCUUUGCCGAUCGGCGGCCCGAGCGACGCAAGUCUCAACGAACACCAUCACUCAUUCACGCUGCUGGAGGACUGGAAAUCAAAGCUAAACCCACAUGGUCGGCCGCAGAUAGAAUCGGUGUACGCUAGCGAGUAUAUGCUUCACCUGCUGGCAUAUUCCAACAACUGGGGCGGCUUCGAACCCCCGCUCAGCGACCAGAUAGAGCAAGCCGAAGUCGAUCUGGUGUCUGACGAGCAACUGUUUAUCGAACACCUGUUUUUGGAUGGCAACGAAGUCGACGUGCGCAAGCACUAUUGCACCAAUCCAGGCUCGACUCCGUACUACGACCUGACGACCUAUCUCGUUGGUAUGAACCAGCCGGCUAUGACCACCGUGCAUAACUUGGUGAUCUACGCAUCCCGCAACGCAACCGAAGGCGGUUGGCUGGUUCUGCAGCUGGUCAAAAAGCUGCCCGCCGAUGAGCUGCUCUGUCGUAUCUAUGGACAGUACAUGAAUCGCCGCGGCAUCACUGGUUUGUACCAAGAACACGAACUAGCUGCCGAAGCCCGCCUCCCCGUCUACCUCGAUGCUUUGGAUAACUUGGUCGCAUCCGAUCUCGAUGGACCUCUUAUCCCCGCUGGAGCGAGCAAUGGAGCCGAGCCGGGCUCUGGAGAUGCACUGUUGGCUGGUGUCGAGACGGUUUCGCUCCGCUGUCCAUUUUCCAUGACCCGGAUGGAGCACCCGGGCAAGAGCACUCUGUGCAAGCAUAAGGGCUCCUUUGAUUUGCUGAAUCUCUUGCGGAUGAGCAUCGGCGACUGCCGAUGGAAGUGUCCAGUCUGCCGCAAUCCCAUCACGCUCGAGUCCCUCGAACCCUGUCUUUGGACACGCAAGCUUCUCAUCAUUAUCGACAGCGACGCCUCUACCAAAGGAUUGUCUCAAGUAUCUAUCAACCCCGAUGGAUCGGUGUGUCUUCUGGAUUAACUGGGGGGCGCUUUGGGAAGCCAUCUUGGUCCUGUCAAGAACAAAUUGUCCGUAAUCUGCUCCACCUCAGAUCAUACACUAUGCCAGACACCCGAUCAGUGCGUCCAAGGAUAUCCAAAUGACUGGUGUCAUUUAUGCUGUAUCAAGGAGCUGAAGUAAUAAACUCAU